AUGGCCGUCCCCCGGGAAGUAGCCGACAUUCUCCGCGAGCACGUCUUCGAUCGCAUGCCGAUCCGCCUCCUCAAGCUCCCCUCAAUGGAGCUGAUCGACCGACGACAAGUAUUUCAGCACCUCCUACCUCGGAUGUCCGAAAUCGACGACGCCUGGAUCGAACACCGCCGCACCACCACCUCCAAAGUCGUUGCCUUCCCCUCGAGAAAGCAGCUCAUCCAAGAAGGCGUCGUCGAGCGCACGCGAUACGCGAUCCUGUCUCAUACAUGGCUCGACGACGACCUUGAGGUGACGUACAACGACGCGAAGCAGGGGAGAGCGCGUACAGGGCUCGGGUACGAGAAGCUCGCAAGGUUCUGUGAGACUGCGGCUCAGAAACAUGGUGUCGAUCUGGCGUGGAUGGACACGAUCUGCAUCAACAAGGACAGCACGUCCGAACUGGACGAGUCGAUUCGCUCGAUGUACAGGUGGUACCAGGAGUCGCACAUCUGCAUCGCGUACCUUCUCAACACCACGUCCUUGGAGGACAUGCCCGGCGAUCGGUGGUUCAGGCGUGGAUGGACGCUGCAGGAGUUGUUAGCACCCGACCGCCUGAAGUUCUACAACAAAAACUGGGAGGCCCUCACAGAAGACGAGAACGAUAAACCCCACACGUACGGCAGCUCAUCCCCAAUCCACACCGCGAUCGAAAAAGCAACAGGCAUCACACCCUUCGAACUGCAAUACUUCAAUCCCGGCGUCGGGGACCUCGAAACAAAGAUGGUAUGGGCCGCCCACCGUACCACAACCCGCGGAGAAGACCGCGUCUACUCCCUUCUCGGAGUAUUCAGCGUCAACAUCCCGAUCGCCUACGGCGAAGGCGUCGAGCGCGCCUUCUUCCGCCUCAUCGAAGCCAUCCUCCAUGCCUUCCGCAACGUCUUGGGCAUCCUCAACUGGGCAUCCCAGCCAAUCUCUCAUAACAUCCACUCGUCCAGGUUGAUCCCUUCCAGGCCUGAAUGCUAUGUUGGACAUCCGAACGUAGAUCUAGACGGAAUCAGUCUUGUCCCAUUGGAGCCAAUGCUCCUCACCCACCUUGGACUACGCGUCCGGCUGCUGCUGGUAGACACCGACACGCUUACACCACCGCCUGAAGAUAGCAAGAAGCUGCUGAGCGAAGGAAAAGUCCGGCUGCAAUGCCACAAGGACAUACAGAAGGAACCUACCAUCGUCGAGCUGCUCAACGUCCAGGACCGCGACCUGUUCGGGCCCUUCCGCUUCACUUUCAAGUUCACCUUCGGGAUCUGGAACGUCCAGGAGUCGAAGGGCGGUGUUUUACUCCGCGAUACAUGUGCGGCGCUGCUGUUUAGGAUCCCACAUGUAAACCCGACCUUCUUCCAGCCUUCGGAUGCGCCAGAGGGGGGUGGGGAUGCUGAACAGGAGCCUGAAGAGGAUGACAUCGACGAACAUAAUCUCAGUCCGUGUAAAGUGGACACGAAGAAGGUCAUCACGUUUCCGAGCGCGAUUGAUUUCAGUCGGAAUCUGUCGAAUAAAGACAGGCUGAAGCGGUAUAAAAUGAAACUCUGUACUGUAUACUUGUAA